GCCGGAGUGCGCCUGCGCACGGCGGGGGCGGUCGGGCGGGGCUCCAGCCUAGAAGGUACGUGCGGGGCUGAGUCCCGGAGUGGGAGACGUGGAGUGCAGACUUGACCACAGACAAUUGUGCAGUCAGUCUGAAGGGGUCUGCACAAUCGAAUGGAAGUCGGCUCCUUUAAACCCAAGAACAGUUCUGUUUUGAACCGUAUGGAAGGUUCAUAGGUUGGCUGUACUGGGCGGCCGGGCUCCCCUUCUUCCUGCGGUGAGCCCGGACCGGCGCUCUCACUGCGCAGACUCCCCGCUGCAGUGGGCGGAGCCCCUCGGGCCCCGCCCCCUCCUUCCUCCAGCCCCUGCUCAGCCUGUUGGGGCAGAAGCUGGGGCCCCGUGGAGGUAGCAGCAGCCGCCUGCCGAUUUGGAGACCCUGACACACCCACUUUGCCGCUGGAAUCUGUAUAACCCCUGGCUGCCCAGCAAGAUGAAGCCUAAACUGAUGUACCAGGAGCUGAAGGUGCCUGCUGAGGAGCCCUCCAACGAACUACCCAUGAACGAGAUCGAGGCAUGGAAAGCUGCAGAAAAGAAAGCCCGUUGGGUCCUGCUGGUCCUCAUCCUGGCGGUUGUGGGCUUCGGUGCCCUGAUGACUCAGCUGUUUCUAUGGGAAUACGGCGAUUUGCAUCUCUUUGGGCCCAACCAGCGCCCAGCCCCCUGCUAUGACCCUUGCGAAGCAGUGCUGGUGGAGAGCAUUCCCGAGGGCCUGGACUUCCCCAAUGCCUCCACGGGCAACCCCUCCACCAGCCAGGCCUGGCUGGGCCUGCUCGCCGGUGCCCACAGCAGCCUGGACAUUGCCUCCUUCUACUGGACCCUCACCAACAAUGACACCCACACUCAGGAGCCCUCUGCUCAGCAGGGCGAGGAGGUCCUCCGGCAGCUACAGACCCUGGCACCCCGAGGUGUGAAGGUCCGCAUUGCCGUGAGCAAGCCAAGUGGGCCCCAGCCCCAGGCAGAUCUGCAGGCCCUGCUGCAAAGCGGUGCCCAGGUCCGCAUGGUGGACAUGCAGAAGCUGACCCAUGGCGUCCUGCACACCAAGUUCUGGGUGGUAGACCAGACCCACUUCUACCUUGGCAGUGCCAACAUGGACUGGCGUUCCCUGACCCAGGUCAAGGAGCUGGGCGUGGUCAUGUACAACUGCAGUUGCCUAGCUCGAGACCUGACCAAGAUCUUUGAGGCCUACUGGUACCUGGGCCAGGCGGGCAUCUCCAUCCCGUCAACCUGGCCCCGGCCUUAUGACACCCGCUACAAUCAAGAGACACCAAUGGAAAUCUGCCUCAACGGAACCCCUGCUCUGGCCUACCUGGCAAGUGCACCCCCACCACUGUGUCCAAGUGGCCGCACCCCAGACUUGAAAGCCCUCCUCAACGUGGUGGACAACGCGCGGAGUUUCAUCUACAUCGCGAUCAUGAACUACCUGCCCACCAUGGAGUUCUCCCACCCACACAGGUUCUGGCCUGCCAUUGACGACGGGCUGCGGCGGGCUGCCUAUGAGCGGGGCGUCAAGGUGCGCCUGCUGGUCAGCUGCUGGGGGCACUCUGAGCCAUCCAUGCGGGCCUUCCUGCUCUCCCUGGCUGCCCUGCGUGACAACCACACCCACUUUGACAUCCAGGUGAAACUCUUUGUGGUCCCUGCGGACGAGGCCCAGGCCCGAAUCCCUUACACCCGCGUCAACCACAACAAGUACAUGGUGACUGAACGUGCCACCUACAUCGGAACCUCCAACUGGUCCGGCAGCUACUUCACCGAGACGGCGGGCACCUCUCUGCUGGUGACGCAGAACGGGCGGGGCGGCCUGCGGAGCCAGCUGGAGGCCGUUUUCCUGAGGGACUGGGACUCCCCUUACAGCCAUGACCUUGACACCUCAGCUGACAGUGUGGGCAACGCCUGUCGCCUGCUCUGAGGCCCGGUCCAGCGGACAGAACAGGCCUGCGAGGCCCCCGCGGGCGCGGGUGUUCCAGGUCUCGAUCCCUGUCCCCGUGCCCCCGCUUCUGUCUGCCCCAUCGUGGCUCCCACAGGCUCCCCACCGUGCUCUCCCGCUUCUACCUCCGCCCCCGCCAGCCUGAUGCUGUGGCCGCAGAGGACCUAGCCAAGCUGGGGGAGGGAUCAGCCCCCGAAGAAGUAGGGGUGCAUGCUGGGCCUGGCCCCCUGGCCCACCCCACUUUCCAGGGCAAAGAGGGCCUGAGGUCAUAAUAAGAAGUAAAUAACUUGUGUGUA